CCAGAGGAAAAGUCCUGCUGUCUGAGCGGAUCGAUCCCAACCCAUAAAGAGACGCUCGGCGCCGCUGGCCGUCAGUCUGGCUGCUCAGGAUGAAGCCGUCGGUCCUGCUGGUUUGGGUUUGGUCUCUGUGCUGGAGGACGGACGCUCAGAGACAAUCCUUCCUGAUCACAGCGCCCCUGUCGGUGUGCCUGGAUGCUGUGGAGACGGUGUUUGUUCAGCUGUUCGGCUCCUCCACGGAGGAAACCGUCUACGUCUUUCUGAAGACUUCUAUGGGUUCGGAUCACAGGGAACUGUCCAAGGACUCCCUGCGGCUCAACAGCCAGAACAACUACCAGGGCGUCGCUAAAGUCCGGUUGCUGCCACUUCCAGAGAAUAAGGAUUUGAAUCACGUGAUUCUUCAUGUCCAAUCAAAUGGGAUCAACCGUCACCUGUCCAUCCCGGUUACCCGAUCCAACGGCUUCCUGUUCAUCCAAACAGACAAACCGCUCUACACGCCUCAUCAGAAAGUCAAAGUGAGGGCGUUCUCCAUGAACCAGGAGCUGAGACCAGCCAAUCGCAGCGUCUUCUUAACUUUCAAGGAUCCAGAUCAGGUCACGGUAGACGUUGUGGAGAUUGUCGAUGUGAACAAUGGAAUCCCGUCGAUGCAAAACCCCUUUAGGAUUCCCAUCAAACCAAAGUUGGGAAUUUGGACAAUAGAAGCUUCCUACACAAAUGAUUUCACAACAAAAGCAAAGACAGAUUUUGAAGUUAAAGAAUACGUUCUUCCUAGUUUCUCCAUCCAAAUGAACCCACGGACAAACUUCAUCAGCCACAGUCAGUUCAGUCAGUUCCACUUCAGGAUUUCAGCCAGGUAUCUCCAUGGCGCCCCGGUGGCUGAAGGAGAGGUGUUUCUGCGUUAUGGAUACGUCAGAGAGAAGAACGCUCCUGUCAUCAUUCCCACAUCAGUCACCAGAGAAAGACUCUCUCCGACAGGUGAACUGGAUGUGACCGUUAACAUGCAGAAGGUUCUGCAAAAACAUGAUGGACUGAGAGACCUGGACAGCCUGGUGGGAAGCUACCUGUAUGUAGCGGUGCUGCUGCAGGAGGACACAGGUGGGAUCACUCAGGAGGCGGAGUUUGCUACCGUGAAGUUCGUCAGGUCUCCGUACCGUCUGAGCCUCAUCUCGACUCCGCCGUUCAUCAAACCUGGACUUCCUUACAACAUCCAGGUGUUGGUGAAGGAUCACCUGGACAAGCCGGUGAGCCUGGUGCAGGUGCGCCUGGUGGAGCGUCAGCUGAUCUUGAACACAGGAGGAAGCGAGGUUAUGUCCUGUGGGGACAGCAGAAGCAGUGGAUCUGAUGGCCUCUUGUAUUUUAUCUGCAACCCCCAGAAAAAUGCAGUCAGGGCGCAGCUGAAGUUUGAGACGGCGGACCCCGCCCUGCCAGCUCAGAGUCAGGCCAGUCUGACCCUGGAGGCCGUGGCCUAUCACUCCCCAAACCAGCGGUACCUUUACAUCAACACGCCCAUGUUCGGCCACAGCCUCCUCGUCAGCCACUACGCCAACAUCCAGGUGUACGCUGCCGCUCCCUCCUACCUGAACAUCAGGACUCUCAACUACUUGGUGCUGUCUAAAGGGAAGGUGGUGUUUUUUAAGAGUCAGAACUUUGCCUCCAGCGUUGAUGGAAGACAGAACCUGAACUUCCUGGUGACGACCUCCAUGGUGCCGUCCAUCAGGCUGCUGGUCUACUACGUCCUGGACGGAGAAGGAACGACGGAGCUGGUGGCGGACUCCGUCUGGAUGGACGUCAAAGACAAGUGUGUCAACGGCCUCCAGACCAACAUCUUAUUCCAGGAAAGACUCUACAAGCCAAAGGAGAACAUCAAGCUGGACAUCAGAACCAAUCAGGGCAGCAUGGUGGCUCUGUCGGCCGUCGACUCUGCUGUCUUCAGCCUACGACCCAAUUACAGGGACCCCGUUUCCAUGGUCCUUCGUCACUUCGAGCACAGCGACUUGGGCUGUGGAGGAGGCGGCGGAAAAGACAACGCCGACGUCUUCCGAUUGGCUGGCCUCACCUUUAUGACCAAUGCCAACGCCGCCCCCUCGUCCAGCAGUGAGCCGUGUACAGCCGCCGUCCGUCCAAAGAGAGAAUUGACCAACGCACAAAAGGAAGCUAAAGCCAGAACUUUCGGCUCCAAGAAGAGCUGCUGCUUAGCGGGAAUGAAGUACAUCCCAAAGAGCGUGACCUGCCAGCAGUUUGCAGACCAGGCCUUCCAGAGGCUCACAAAGAAGGAUGAAGGGUGCAAGACGGCCUUCAGGCAGUGCUGCGAGUUCUACCAGCAGCACCUGGACCAGAGCGACGGGCUGGUUCUGGGACGUUACGAACUGGGCGCAGACUUCGAUCAGGCGCCGUUGUUGGUGAGAAGCUACUUUCCAGAGAGCUGGCUGUGGGAGGUGCAGCGUGCAAGGUCAGGCCAACUGUCCAUCAGCAGGGCUCUGCCGGACUCUCUGACCACCUGGGUGAUCAAAGCCAUCGGCGUGUCUCCAGAGGGUGGUGGGUUUCCUCUCCAUGUCUUGAUCACUUCAGACCGUCGCAGGAAUGACCCUAACCGCCGAGUCCUUCUGGUUCUGUCAGGGAUGUGUGUGUCGGAUCCUGUGAAGGUGUCGGUCAAUCAGCCGCUCAGCGUGGACGUCCCGCUGCCCUACCAGGUGGUCCGAGGGGAACAGCUGGAGCUGCAGGGCUCCGUCUACAACCAGCAGGACGACAUCAUCACCUACUGCGUGACGCUGACGGUCGGCCCGGCGCUCUGCCUGCUGAAGUCCCGGCCGACGCCCAGGCAGGAGGGGCAUCACACCACGGCCUGCACCUGGAGCCGCCUCGCCGCGGGGGGGGUGGGCAAAGUGAGCUUCACCCUGCUGGGCCUGGAGCCUGGAGAGCACACCCUGACCUUCACCCUGACCAUCCGGUCAGGGGCCAAAGACAUUGUGAAGAAGACACUGCGUGUGGUGCCUGAAGGAGUGAGACAGGAAGUGAACUCUGGGGGAAGACUGGAUCCUCAGGGACUCUACGGUUCAGAAAAGCAGACUGUGGUGCUGAAGAACGUCCUGCCAGAAAACGUGGUUCCUAACUCGGCUGUGGAGAGACAGCUGACCAUAAACGGCGAGCUUCCAGGAGAAGUCGUGUCAGUCAUGCUGGACCCCGAGGGCCUCCAGAAACUCCUCAACCUUCCGCAUGGAUCAGCAGUAGAUGAGGGUGAUGAAGCUGAUGAUGAUGAUUGGUGUACCAUGAUCAAACAUGGUCAGACCAGCCUUUCGUCCUUCAGGAACGGAGACAACAGCUACAGCAGGUGGAUGAAGUCUGAACCCAGCACCCUGGUCACCGCUGAGGUGGUCAGGACUCUGUCUUUGGCCGACCCGUUUGUUUCCAUGGACCAUCAGAUGCUCUCAGACUCUGUCAGCUGGUUGAUCCGCAAAACUCAGCAGCCUGACGGCUCCUUCAUAGAGCGGGCUUCCUCCGAGAACAGCCGACCUACGGUUGGCGGCACUGGCGAGGAGCAGACGGUCGUCCUGACUUCCUUGGUGCUGGUGGCCUUACACCGAGCGACGAGCAUCAGGGACCCCAUCCUGCAGCUCCGGUUCCAUGACCACAGCAAGCGUUCAGCAGCAAACUACCUUUCCCAGCAUGCCCUGAAUGUGACGAGCAUGUACGCGUGUGCGGUGGCGACCUACGCUCUGACGCUGCAGGACCCCAGCAGCGCGGAGGCCUCGGUGCUGCUGACCCGCCUGGAGCAGCAGGCGCGGCAGAAAGGGAACCCGGUUGUGCGGCGGUACUGGCAGGAGCCCAGCGUGACGGAUGAUUGGCAGAAGCCUGAUAAAUCCAGGGGUCAGACGGUGGAGAUGACAGCGUACGUCCUGCUGACCGUCCUGCUCAAGGGGAUGAUCCAAUACGCCAACCCUGUGGUUUCCUGGCUAACUCAGGAUCAGCAUUACGAAGAAGGUUUCUACUCCAUCAAGGACAUGGUUCUGACCCUGGAGGCCCUCACAGAGUACAGCAAGGUCGUUCCUAAAGCUGCACUCAACCAGGACAUCAACAUCCGCGACAGCAGGCAGGAAGUGCUGAGCCGAGUCCAGCUGAGCCGCAGCCGCCCGGUGGCCCCGCCCCUCCAGAUAACGAAGAAUGAUGACAUCAUCGUGAGCACCGGUUAUGGGAAGGGCGUGUCCAGCGUGAAGAUGAAGACGGUUUACUAUCAGACCACGACGUCCACGCAGACCUCCUGUAACUUUGACCUGACCAUUGAGCUGGUCGGACCCGCCGUCUCCAGCAAUCCAACCAUGAAGGCUCCUCACCUGGUCGCCUGCGUGAAGUACCGACCUCCACCCAACGAGGUUUACACCGAGUCGCUUCUGACCGUCAUGAAGAUCCAGCUGCCCACAGGCGUGGAGCCGUACCUGGAGGACCUGAGACAGUUCACAGAUGGAGAGUACCCGUCUAUCUCCCACUAUCAGCUCCAGGGAGACACCGUCAUCAUCCAGAUGGACUCUGUUCCCUCUGAGGUCUUCCUGUGUGUCGGGUUUCGGGUCAGAACCAGGUUUAAGGUGAUUGGUGCUGCGGAGUCCCUGAUGACUGUCACAGAACCUCAGGACAAAGGCAGCCUGUGCACCAAGCAGUUCUCCGGCCAGCAGCAGAGGCUGCAGCGCCUCUGUGUGGGCGAACAGUGCCAGUGCAUGGCAGCUGCGUGUGCGACCUAUAGAGGGAACGUGGACGCCACCCUGACUGCAGCCAAACGCACCGAGGAGACCUGCCAGCCGCACAUCAAAUACGCCUUCAAGGUGACGGUGAAAUCCUCGGCAGCAGAGGGAGACUUUAUGACCUACACAGCCACCGUAGCUGAGGUCCUCAAGAAGUCUGAAGUGCUGGAAGCAGCCGGUCCUGGCAGCGACCUGGACCUGGUGAAGAAGGUGACCUGCAGCAGCGUGGAGCUGCAGAACAACCAGCAGUACCUGGUGCUGGGCUCGGGGGGGUCAGAGGUCACACAAGGUGGUGGCUCCAGGUACCGGCUGCCUCUGGACUCGGAGGCUCUGGUGGAGCUCUGGCCCACAGAUUGUAGUUCUCCAGAGUGUCAGGACUACAACUCCCAGCUGAUGAGCUACGCUGUGGACCUGCAGCUGUUCGGCUGCCCCUGACCUGCGGACCGGGUCACUUCUGGAUCUGGUUUAAACGUGAAUGGGUCCGAGGCAGAACUCUGCAUUUAUUAAACAUUCAUUAUUUGUCAUGUUGGAUUCUAUUUGUCUCGCCCACAUGCAGAACACCACACAGGAGAAACGGAAUCAAUAAAAAUAAGUUUUUUCUUUA